ACGCGUCUCUUCCUUUUCUUCAGAUUCUCUGGGGCGGUGCGCGGUUUGGCUUUUACUUCCUUGGGUGGGGGCCGGGAGACGGAGGACUUGGAUUUGGGUUUGGAGACGCGGGAGCUGGAGGAGAGGGGUUUGGAUUUGGAUUUGGAGGCAGAGGAGGAUUUGUUUGAGGCUUUGGAAGAGGAGCCUCUGUUGGGCGCCAUUGUGAAAAUGAGUGACGGAUAUAUGCGGGGAGGAUUGGAAGUGGUACUAUGUGUAUCGGGUUAUGGAUGGGUGGAAAGUGGGUGGAUGGUUUGUAAGUGAGGACGAUUUCCGAUGAAGAACUGGCGAAUUCCUAGGUUUCAGAUAAAUUAUCGUGUGUAUUAUACUUAUUAUAUCCUCAAGAACAAGUCAUUCCGCAUCUUUGGUAGGAAAAUAUCUAGUAGUCAACGGUUUCUAUUGAAGUCCGACCCACCCUGCGAAAAAAUUCAUGGCAAUAUCUUUGGGAAAGGCGGUGAGGCCCUCGCUAGCUUCGGACGUUCCAAAGCGGGCGAACGUCAGUUGGCGGCAGAUACGGAGCUUUCCAGGCAAUAGUGACGCACUCACCACAUCCAUUGGACCUGCGAUUCGCCCUCUGGUUCCUUCAUAGACAACUACAGCCCAUCAUGGUGCUCAAUCCCACUUAUCUGGCGCAGCGGACGCGGUCCUCUGUCAAUUGGCAAGAUGCACGAAAGAGAGUGUUGAAAUCAUACCGGGAAUGGCUGCGGGCGUCGCCUGAGAUCCAAAAUAUGUACUCCCUUAAUCUCCCCGUCUCCGCUAUCCGCACAAAGAUCCGCCAGGAAUUCGAACGUCACCGAUACGUGAACCAAUUACCAGUCGUGGAUGUAUUGGUAUCCAAGAGCAAUAUCGAGUACCAGGAAACACUCAACUACUGGAAGCAACUCUCACACGUCAUGAAAUACUUCCGCGUCGAAGAAGACCCCACCGCAAAGCUGCCGAAGAACUUCAUGUCUGGGUUCCUGGAGGGUCGCAAUUAAUAUAAUUUUCCUUUACUUCUUUUAUCUUUUCUUUCCCGUUGCUGGAGACCUCAAAUAGAUAUGUGUAUAUAUGUUACUUACUUGUUCGUCUACUUGAUUUAAAGCCUUCAUAGUUACGCGAUUGACUCUUAACCAUAAUCGGGACUAGUUGGCUUGCCGGCUGGUGGCCAACAAAUGGCACAGAUAGCCAUUUACCAAGGGAGCCGAAACGAAAGGAAAGAAAAAAGAUACUCCGGAUCUUGUUAAUACCCCAUCUACUUCUGUCAAACCCAUUCAUUUCGAUUAUAAAUAAGAAAUGGAAAUACCGACGAAGCGACCCAAGACAAAGACCAAUAUGUAAAAUGUAAAAUAAAAUUUGACAAAUAAAUAAAAACUCCAUGCACCAGUUAAGCUGUGUUAAAUACCAUAAGAAUCAAAAUACCAUCGAAUAUUUCCC